UCUUGGUGGAGGCGGGGCGGGGAAGAAGCAUAUGCGCGUGUCCGGAAGUGGCGCCGUGCAGGCGCGUCCCCUUGGCGCCAGAGGGGGUUCCUGGCGCGUGGCAGUACCUGGGAGGGCAGUUCCUAAGGUCGCGGUGGCGGCGGGUUCGGGUCUUUUUCUCGAGAAGUCGCGCAGCGGCUUUUUCACACGGGUUCUGCUUGAGGCCAAGCUGAGGAGUGGCUGUUGGCUUGGGAGACGGAGCGGAAGAGCCAGCCGGGCCGGCCGGGCGCGAGCUCCCAGGGCCCAGCGGCGCAGGCUGAGACAGGGUCUCGGAGGAGAGAGGCCGGAGAAGGCGUCCUGCCCCGGAUCUGUCAGAGCAGUUCUGCAAAACGGGGCUGGGCCUGCCGUGGAGCGACGGUGACGCCAGAGAACUGCUGGGAGGCGGUGGCGCCAGGUGGCACCCAAUGCUGGAGCCAGGAGGUGAGGCGGAGCGUGGAGGGAGCCAUUUGCAGUACCACCUUCUUGGGACCCUGCCCUUCCCCAAAAGGAAGACUCAGGAGAAGGAGGAAUGGAUUCUAGUCUCUGCACAACUGGGCCCCAGGGAUCCACACCCUUCAGCAGCGUGACUGUACCUUUGACCCAGGAUGGGUGGAGGAACCGGGUCCUACUGGGCUGGAAGAUUGUAUCUCAGUCACCACCCCAGCAAACCAUUUCUGAAGAAUCAUUUCCAGACAUGAGUGUAGAGAUGGCCCCUGGAGAGUCAGAGCACAGAAAGUGUGAACUUGGGAAGAGCUUCAGUCUGAGACCAGUCCUUUCACUACAGCAGACAGUUCCUAAAGAAGUGAGUCCUCACGAACGUGAAACACACUCUAAGAGAUUUAAGAAUUUACAAGUAAUUAAGCCUCACAGAGCGGGAGCGUACACAUGUAAUGAGUUUGGCAAACCCUUCAGCUACUGCUCCUCCCUUUCUGAGAAGCAGAAGAGCCACACUGGGGAGAAACCCUAUGAGUGCAGUGAGUGUGGGAAGGCCUUCAGGCAGAACUCCUCUCUUCUUCAGCACCAGAGGAUCCACACGGGAGAGAAGCCUUACAAAUGCAGUGAAUGUGGAAGAGCCUUCAGCCAGAACGCAAACCUCAAAAAACACCAGCGAACCCACACUGGAGAAAAGCCCUACAAAUGUAGUGAGUGUGACAAAGCCUUCAGCGACUCUUCAGGCCUUGUUCAGCAUCAGCGAAUUCAUAGUGGAGAGAAACCCUAUGAAUGCAGCGACUGUGGGAAGGCCUUCCGUCACACUGCUAGCCUCACAAACCACCAGCGGACUCACACUGGGGAGAAGCCCUACAAGUGCAGUGAGUGUGGGAAAGCCUUCAGUUACUAUACAGUAUAUAUUCAGCACCAGAGGAUUCACACAGGGGAGAAACCCUACAAAUGUAGCACAUGUGGGAAGGCCUUCACUCACAGUACACACCUCACAGACCAUCAGAGGACUCAUACGGGAGAGAAACCCUACAAGUGCAGUCAGUGUGGGAAGGCCUUCAGCCAGAGUAUACAUCUUGAAAGCCACCAGAAGACCCACAGUGGGGAGAAGCCAUACAAAUGUAAUGAAUGUGGGAAAUUAUUCAAGAAGACCUCAGCCCUUAUUCGACAUCACAUAAUUCACACUGGAGAAAAGCCCUACGAGUGUAAUGAGUGUGGAAAAGCUUUUAACCAGGGUUCAUCCCUUAGUCGGCAUCAGAGGACUCACACUGGUGUGAAACCCUAUGAAUGCAAUGAGUGUGGAAAGGCAUUCAAGUGUAGGUCAGCUUUCACGAGACAUCAGAGACUCCAUGCUGGAGAAUAGCUGGGAACACAGUAAGUAGGUGGAGAAAGCCUCAGAUAUGCCAACUCAUAACUCAACAUCUAAGUCAGGGCAGGUGGGUGGGGCUCUCAGAGAAAUGCUGAGGGCUUGAAAGCAUCUGGGGAUGACAUUUGACUUUCAUAGUCUGCAGUGCACAGCCACAUGCAAAAGCUCCUGUAAUAGGGCCAGCCUGUGGCUCACUCGGGAGAGUGUGGUGCUGAGAACACCAAGGCCGCGGGUUCGGAUCCUAUAUAGGGAUGGCCGGUUAACUCACUGGCUGAGCGUGGUGCUGACACCAAGUCAAGGGUUAAGAUCCCCUUACCGGUCAUCUUUAAAAAAAAAAAAAAAAUUUCAUUUAGUUUUAGUGGUUUACCUAUAUCCAGAGAGUGGGCCAGAGCACUUUAUGUGGCAAGCACUCCAAAAGCCUUGGUUUAUUAGGGAUAAGUGAUUAAAUCAACGAGUGAAAAACUUGGUUCUUUACAUGAAGUUCAGGUAUUUUUCCCAGUGUUUCUAAUUUCCCCCUGAAGUAAUGAGAACUACUGCAAAAGAAUGAAGAGCAUUGGCGAGAAAUGACUAGUUGAGAAAUAUUAAGGUAUCCAGUUUAUGGUAGUAAAUGCAGGUGAGGAAAAGGAUUCCAGGACCAACUAUUAAAUACUAGAAUCUCCUUGGGGAGAAAAUACUCCUUAAUGCUGGAAAGAUAGGAAAACUCGCAAAAGCACCAUUAGGUGCGAACUGUUGCAGAGAAAGCAGACCCAGAGAAUAGUGGGACUGAGAAUAGAGGAUGCUGCUAAUGAAGUCCGUCAGCAAGAGGUACAUCCCAUUCUGUGGAGGCCUCAACAGGAAGGGCCACUAGAGCGGCAAGAUAUGAGACAGCCACGCUUGACUUGGAGGCAGGUCAGAGAUGGCACCUAAUUCAAAUUAUUCCUGAUGGAAAGUACGUUUCCUUUAGGAGAUGCAGAUUUUCACCGUAGGCCGCUUCCUCUCCGUCAUUUUAGUUUAACCACUGUUCUCACACCCAGUUGGUGUGGUCUCAUCUCAGGGCUUUGGCUAGCCAACCAUUGAAUAUCAGAGACAGGCUCCCAGUGAGUGGCCUUCAGUGUAAGGGAAGCUGCCUUAGCUUGGUUUCCUUGCUCCCUGUGCCUUGUAGGGCACAGAAAUGUUUACUCUACUCACUGUCGACUUCAGGUAGUCCCUUCCAACCUGAUGUGAUUAAAACCACUGCCUAAAAAGGACCAUGUGCAAAAAUUAAUGAAGGCAAAGAAAUGACAACUGUUGGAGAAUUCAAGUUCUUAAGGCAAUAUUUUCCACCUCACUUUAGUCUGGUACCCACAAGCCCUUCCAGGUAGUGUUUCAGGCUGCUGAGGUGUAGUCUCUCACGAUACCAAAGUGUGUUGAGGAUCAUCAAAAAGUGAAAGGGACUGAUAAGCACAGACACUUACAAAGGUGACUAGAACAAGUUGAGAGAUCUGGAAAACAGGUGACACAAUACGUUUGAAAAUAGUCUCUACUGGGAUAAAUUCUAGAGAAAAACCUGUGAACUUGUUAACAGAGGUAGGCUAGUUCCUGCAGCAGGCCUGAGCCUCACUUUCACAUGACCUAGGGAUGAGUAUGAAAGGGUAAUAAUCAUCAGGUUUCUUUGAUAUGUCAGUGAUUUUAAAUGUCAGCCUCCCCCAACGUAGAUGAAAUUCAUGUGAGAUGGAAAGCUGUUUUCUCAUGUUCAUGCUGAACUAUAGGUUUUCUUUCUGGCCAAUAACAUUUUUCCUAUGUAGAGAUCCAUAAA